AUGAAAGCUUUUUUUUCGCUUGUUACAGUAUCAUCAAGCAAAAGUACAGUCUCAAGAGAAAAACGACAAUCGCCAACAGAGAAUCCCAGCCCACUUUUUACAGAAAACAUCGAUCUUUUUCUCGACACAACGACUCAAAGCUUGUUUCCAGAUACGACUGAAUCUUUUGACUCUUUUUUGAUUCCAACAACAGCUCCAUCAUUUAUAAUUCCUUCUACAACAGAAAACACGUUGGAUUUUGUCGAUUUUACGACGGACAUUUCAAAUGCUAUUUUGGCAAAUACUCCUUGGCCAGAACUUCCAGCAACAACAGUUAGCUCUUCAAUCGAUGAGCUGCUUGCUGAGUUGUCGACGGACUCUCCUUUUGACAUUCUCGGUCCGACCGAGCUUCCCGCAGAUCUUCUCGAUCUACUUUUCCAGACAACGGAAAGCCCGAUAAUUGACUUGUUCACCGUUCCAGAGAAUAUCGAGCUUCCCGCCGCCACAACAGCCGAUACGCUGAUUGAAGUCGAGAGCACCGUUCCCGUCACAGCGUCGACUUCGGUUUCACCAAGCGGCGUAACAGAAAACGAUACCGCACCCAGCACUACUGCUAGGUCAACCACAACUACACAGUCAGGAUUACUGACCGCUGAGGAUACCGCUUCAUCGGUGGGAACAUCUUCAUCAACCAUCGCUUCCACUGAAUCCUCGUCUACAUCUGCUCAGACAGAAGCAGAGUCGCCAGCAACAGAAAAACCAGUCGUCAGUACAGAAGAAGCGGCCGUGACAGAAGCUGCAGCAGAAAGCAUCUCAACCACUCAAUCAAAUACCUCAAAAUCGACAGAAACAAACACAGAUGAAAUUCCAGCAACAGAAUCAACCAACACAACCGCUCCUUCUCAAAAAAUAACCAGUUCAGCAGCAUCAACAGACUCCACUCCAGCGAGUAAUACGACGAGUGCAAGCACUCCCCGACCGGACACGACCACUCCGGCGGAAUCGGCCACAACUCCGGCAGAUUCUUCGGCGAGCCAAGUGAUGCUCAGUGCGCUCGUCGUUUUUAUUCUAGCACUUUUCCAAUAG